AUGGAUCAUUUUGGUUUUUGUGGCGAUCAAGUUGAACUUGCCGGGAAUCUGACUGUAUGGUUAGAUAGAGCUCGUCGAGUUGUAGAUGGAAUAUUUUCUGAUGAAAUCUAUGGUAAUCAUGGUCCGAUGAGUUAUUGUCGACAUGGUAUUCAUACUGAACAUGAACCAUGGACUGAUGAGAAAAGAGCUUUAUUAUUAGUUAAACUUCGUCAAAUGAAUGAUCGAACAGAAACACCAAUUAUAUUUGCUGAUACAUUAACUUCAUCCAAUUGA